AUGUCUUCAUCCAACAACAAUUACAACAAUAACGGCGGAAAUAUGGCCAAUGGCAUUGUCAACGGUACCAGCACUGAGACCAACUCCGCGAAUUCCCAGCAGGAUACUACGGACGGACAGAUCUUAUCGCUGCAACAGCAACGGACCGCACUGCCUGGUUUUCAGCCCAUCCUUCCAAGAUCACCACAGGCUCCAACAAUAUCACAGCAUGCUCGGGAUCUUCUAGGUAUGCUCGGAGCGGCUCAGAAUGAAGCUCGGAUGCAAAAUGGAUCAGGACAAAAUGGAUCAGGACAAAACGGCACAGGGCAAAACGGAACAGGACAAAAUGGGACAGGACAAAAUGGAACAGGACAAAACGGGACAGGACAAAACGGGUCCGGCUAA